AUGGGACAAAAAACAUUUUACCCUGGUGACCCAGGGAAUAUCUUUAUUGAAGAACAAUGGAAUAAACGAUCAAAAAUAGUUCAAAGUCAUUUCAGUCAUACUAAUAUUCAACGGUUGAGUUAUGAUUGGCAGUAUAAAAGUACUGAAACAGUUGUUCAAUAUGAUGAUGAUCAAAAUGGACAGGAUAAAAUAUUAAACUUACCUCGAUAUUCCAACCACUUGUUCACUGAUAUUAAAUAUUAUUCUCCGUGUUUAAGUGAACAGUAUGUAGUUGGUGUGUAUUCGGGUGAAGGUUAUAAGUGUGUGACUCUGUAUGGUGAAGAUUUUCGUAAAUUGCAAAACAACACUUGGUUAAAUGGAACUGUGAUUGACGCACUGCUAUUGACUUAUGUGAAUAAUGAAAUUGGUUAUAUUCCUGCGGAAAUAAGCAAUACAAUUUGGUCAAGUAAUCAUUGGACUUUAUUUAUUAUGGACUUCAUUUUUGGUUGUGUAUUUUACUUGGAUCCUCUGCGUCCAGAAUCAGGUGACUUGUACUUACCUCGAUUAAAAGAAAUGUUGUUUUCAAUGUGUGGUAAUGAAAAAGCAAAAUAUUUGUUGCAUAAAAUGGUUCUUAAAAAUAUUGAGUAUCCUUUACAGAAUGAUAGUAACAGUUGUGGAGUGUUUGUGUUGUAUUAUUGUAGUACAUACAAUCCAAUGUUUACUCAGAGCUUUUCAAAGGAAGUUAAUGUGAGUGAUUUAAGAAAUACAUUGCAGAAUCGAUGUUUAAUGUACUCUGAUAAUAUCAGUGAAAGAUGCCUUAUGUGUGCACAAAAUAUAAAAGUAAGUUUUACUUGGAUUAAGUGCAAUACAUGUGAGCGAAGAGUUCAUAAUGUGUGUGUAGGUGGUGUAUGCUACAAAUUUAUGACUAAGGAAUUGAAAAAUGAAAACUUCACUUGUAUCUUAUGCAAUAAGUAUAUUAAUUAA